UAGAACAGCCUCACGAUUAAUACCCGUCCGAACAGACCACGUCGGAGGUAGUAUUCCAAAUGCAGUCAUAACGAAUAUUGGGUGGUCCGUGCGCGAUUCUUGAUGGCAUAGGCUCCUUCAUCUACCUGGGUUUGUGGGCCGUGGGGACCCUUCAUAGCACGGCGACCCUGUCCAUACAGAGGGUAUCUACGGUUUGUAUGAGCUCCGGCUCAUGCACCGUCUCAAUAUUUUCCAGUCCUGCUACGGCCACUCUGGCUAAGCAGGCCAUCUUUUUUUUUUCGAUGUUUAUCAGUCCUAACCCUAACCUUACGGUACACCCAAAGCGUAUACUUGCUUAUUCAUUAGUGCAAGUCUUGUCGCACACUUGUCCUUUGAGCACCGUCACAGUGUUCUCUGCACUGUUCUUCGUCAAUUUGAAAUUUGAAAUUGAAUUCAUUCUCAUAUUGCUCGUACCCAGAAUGCAGAGGACUUCAGUCGAGACCAACUCUGAUGGAGCACAUCUACGCCAACAAGACAUAGGGACGAGAUAUUUUGACGUCUUCGAAGAUUUUACAGCCGCCAAAUAUGCAAUGCACAAAUAAUAUGAAUAUGAAGCUUUCUAUGUCAUCUCUGGCAUCAUCAAAGAAAGUUCACCCUUUAGCACAGGUGAAGAUCCUUCUGCUAUCGCGGCUAUCUACCUCACAUGCUCAUGCUCGACGAGUGGGAGUUAGGAGCGGAAUAAAGUCGGCCGAAGGACAACAGGAGCUACUAGAGGAUGGCGUUCGGUUAAAUCAACGUCAGACUCAGCACGCAUCGAAGAAGAAACUUCUGCAGAGAAUAUGAGGAGUCAACGAGCUAGCGAGCUAGGAGAACCUGCUCGUAAGCAAGCUAGACUCGACCUUGCCUGCCUUGAACAACAAAAAAAGCCGGUCAUGUACGGAGAAACGGUCUGGCAAGCAGAGUUUGACUUGGCG